UUUCCCAUUUAUCACUUAAGCAGCAAGUACUUUGGACUUCAUCCAAAAUAUAUUUUAUCCAAGCUGCAGUCAACCAGUUCACCAGAGCUGUUUUGUACCUCCUCACAACUUCCUGCUUCCUCUAACAUAAUUUUCUUUUCUUUAAUUGAAAUGUUCUUCCUCUCAAGAAAAUCUGAAAACUGUCAUUCACGCCUUUGACAUUUCAUCUGGUUCAUAUGAAACUCAUGUAAGUUAGUUAGUAAAGAAUAUGGUAUUAAGUUGCUGAUAAGCAAAGGUGUCUUGUGUUGCUGCUUCAGUUUACUGACAUAUUGAUUACACACUGGUCGGUGGGGUUUUGUGAACUCACCACAGUUUCACCAGAGAAAUAAGGUGUGACUUCAAACUAAACAAAGCCUGAUAAGAUAGUAGAUCUCGCUGUGGUGUAUGAUUGCUGAAGUCUGCAAAUUUAAGGCUGUUUGUUGUUUUGGAGCUGUUUGAAUCAAGAGCCCAAGAAAAGUCUUCCUUCACUUGUCUAGAAAAGACACUAAAGUGGAUCAUUUUAGGAGUUACGGAGCCUAGAAGUCCAAAUCUAUUCAUAAAAUAUGUGUUUUAAUUUUAUGAUCUAGUAUUUUUCUGACUAUGUAAUUACUUAGGGGACAGUGGAAUAGUAUUAAGUGAUCAAUUAAAAGUGACUCAAUCAUCAGGUCAAUGAUUAAACUACAAAGGAUGUGUGAAUAAGGAGUUGAUUAAACACAUAAGGAAACUCUAUACCUGGCCUACAUGAGACAUCUGAGACUCCUUUAAACACUUAAAUUCAUUAUGUAGAAACUGGAAUCAACAGUUUAAAAAACAUGUAAUCUAAAAACGCUGCAGAACCAACCAGAGCAAUUUCACAAACCUCUCAACCAAUGAGAGCUUCAGAGCAGUCCACAGAACCAAUCACAGCCCGAGAGCUCAACUCUGAGCCAAUCAGAGCUUCAGACGCUGAUAGAUCUCACCUUGAGGUAAUGAGAGUUCAGAUGUUUGGAGGGCCACCAUCACCUAAAGAAUAUCUGGAGGUUCAACUGUUUGGGGGGAAACUACAGAGAGGAAAUAGAAAGCAGUACCAGGCAUGAAAUGGAUAAGAGAGCAAUGAGAUAAAACAAAAUAAGGCUAAAUAAAGGGAAAGAGCAGAGGAAAGUGAAGGCUAAAGCAAAGAUUGGAUCUGGCCAAAACACACAUAGGACAGAGAGGACUUAAAGGAAGAGUGAAAAAGAAGUAGGAAUUACAGGAGAUAAAGAGUUAUAUCAGAGAGGAUGAAGUUGAAAGAGAGCAAGAUGGUGUUGCUGUCCAUCACUGAAAACAUUGAGAUGGAGUUGUUCUCUUCAGAGGAGCCCUGCGUCAUGAUAUCAACACUGGAGAAGGAGGAAGAAUACAGCUUUGCCCAGAGAUACCUGGAGCAUCCUCUGGUCCCUGACUGUGUGGAGGAACCAGAGCCAGACCAAGUUCAGACCCAACCCAGGCAGCAGGCCAAGCCCAAAACAGAAUCUCCCACCAAGGAAGAGGCCAAGCACGGCCUCCCUGUCCCAGAAUUCAUGGAUGAAAUUGAGAUAGAAAUGGAGGUGUUUCCUCCCCCCAGAGUGUCUGAGAGUCUCAUGUCUGUCACCAACCCGCUGUCCCCGAACAAAGCUAGUCGUCUCAAAUGGAAGAGACUGACUCCGCAGAAGACAGGACUGGUGGUCAAAGAUGUGGUCUGUCUACCCAGAGGACCCUUCCUGGCACAGCUGGAGAGACACAUUGUUCCAAGAGGCAAAGAACUAGCAGCUCUAACGGCGAUGGGAAUGACUGCUCGCAUCACCAUUGACUGUGGUUGGUCGGCCAAUCAGAUGCAUAGUCGUCUGGCGAUGCUCUUCCGGGGGCUGUUUGUGGAACGAAAGGGACAAAGGUUCUCCUUCACAUAUAUUCAGUCUGUGCAGGGCUCCAAGGUGCUGUUUGUCCCAGAGACCCCUGCAGAGGGUUGGACUGGAGAGCAGGUGCUCAGCAUCUCUGGACAUGGUGCUUUGUACAUCCUGAGCCACCAGGACUACCCACAGGCAGAACCUGAGAGGUCAGCUAGUGAGACGCCUGUGCUGAACAGGAAAGAGUUUUGCCCAGAGGCCAGCACAGAACGCCGUCCGGAUGAAGACCAUCAGCUGGAAAGACCGACCCAGCCUCAUGCGGGGAGCACCACAGAGGAGUCGACACUCGACCUGGACGCCAUCCUGAGACUGUUCAGACAGGAGAACAUAAAUGGAGAUGUAGAAACCGACAUCCACGUCAGGAGGAGAGACGUGCUCCACAGCGCUCUGAAGGCGGUGAGGAGGCCGGACUUCUGUUUCAGGACGACGCCCAUCGUCACCUUCAGUGGAGAGGAGACUGAUGGACACGAAGGACCUCUCAGAGAGUUCUUCAGAUUGACUUUGCUGGAGUUGCAGGAAAGUUCUGUGUUUGAGGGUCUCCCGGGGCGCCUGUUCUUGACCUAUGACCUAACAGCUCUUGAAGCCAGGAAGUAUUACGAAGCAGGCGUCCUGAUUGGCUGGUCUCUGGCUCAUGGUGGGCCUGGACCUCGUUGUCUACACCCUGCACUUUACCAGUUGAUGUGUGGCCAGAAUCCAUCUUUGGACGACUUCAGCUGGAGUGACAUUGCUGAUGCUGAAGUACAGAUCCGACUGCAACAGCUGCAUAGUUGUACUGAGGUACAGCUGCUGCCUCCCAGUCUGUGUGACUGGGUGUCAAGCUGUGGUAUCCCUGGAAUCUAUUCAGCCCACUCUGAUGAAAUACCAGCCAUCUAUAAACGCCUUGUCAAACAUUACAUCUAUCACAGGGUGGCCAAUAUGAUCUCCCAGUUCACCGAGGGGCUGAAAAGCUGUGGUGGAUUGUGGGAUACGGUACUGACCCACUGGGAGGUGUUUUUGCCAGUGAUGACGAGCACACAGCAGCAGCCUCUGAGCCCGGAAGAGUUCAAAAUGCUUUUCACCGCCUGCUACAGCUGUCCGGACAGCCAGCUGAGGGCAGCUGAGGAGGCAACAGCCGGACACUGGGAAACAGUCCUCACCGCAAUCAGCGAUGGUCAGGCAGAUUUUUCCUUUGAAAACCUGCUCGCCUUCAUCACAGGAGCUGAUCAUCUGCCUCCUCUUGGGUUUCCCAGAUUGAUCUCCCUGCGGUUUUACUCUCAGGAUGCAAGCAUGUCAGGUGUGCGUCUGCCCUAUGUCUCCACCUGCGCUCUGGAGCUCUUCCUGCCGAGGGGAGCAGCAGCGGCUGCAGACCUGUUGAUGCUUCUGAGCAGAGCCAUGCGCGAGGCCCUGGGCUUUACACGUUUCCAGACAGAGAGAGAUGGAGAGGACGGCAGUGUAGCAGUGAUCACAAGUUUAUGAAGUGGACGUCCUCCUGGAUACUUCUCAUCCCACUGAAGCUGACUUUGUAAAGCUCAAAGCCUUCUGCAGAAUAUGAACAAUGUGACUGAGACAAAGCCACAGUUGGGUGCUGGUCUGUGAGCAGUUUGUUGCAUUAGUCGCUAACUCCCACUAAUGACCUGAUGAGGAAGCCUAGACCAAUGUUUAUGUCAUCCAUGUUUUGUUUUAAUUUUUUAAUAGUUAAAUACAAUAUACUGUUGAUGCAGAUAUCCUAUUAAUAGCAACAUUUUCACUUGAUAUUUGUAUUUUCACCGAAUGUUUUAAGGCUGAUCUCGACAAUUUGUGUGUGUGUGUGUGUGUGUGUGUGUGUGUGUGUGUGUGUGUGUGUGUGUGUGUGUGUGUGUGUGUGUGUGUGUGUGUGUGUGUGUGUGUGUGUGUGUGUGUGUGUGUGUGUGUGUGUGUGUGUGUGUGUGUGUGUGUGUGUGUGUGUGUGUGUGUGUGUGUGUGCUUGUAAUACUUGUAAUAAAGUUAUAAAAAAGUCACAAUAAACUUUCUUUUUGAAGUAUUUAUUAAGAACACAAAAAG